AUGCGACAGUACGAAGAUAGCUUACACGAGGACAAACAAUCUCUUCGCCAAACACGUAAAACAACAGUUCCCCCUCCCCAUCUUCUAUUCUUUCUUUUCUUCAUCACGAUAGACCAUUUGCAAACUUCACUUGCAAUCAUGGCUUGGGGUAGAUCUACGCCGAAGCCGCCACCCACCACUUCAGCUUUGAGCAAAAUCCUCCCACUCCUUGUCCUUCUGGUUGUACUUGGGGGAUGCGCUUUCGUCGGUUACCACAUCUACCUUUCUAUGCAGAAGAUCUCUUCCGCUGCAUCAGAUAAAAUGCAAUCCAAGAAUAUGGUAUUUACCAAAGACGGGCUUAAAGUUGGGGUCAAGGAGCGCAAGACCGAGAGCUAUGUUGAUUCGACACAAAGCCUAUUCGUGAAGGCAUGGAACCUGAGUACUUGGCCUGGAUAUAAGAGCAGGCUCUGGAACCAACAACAACCUGAAAGCGGGAAGCCGGAACCUAGAAAACCAUUCUCCAGACACGCCUCUUCUGCGAAGUAA